GUUGGCAACACUGCACCUGGGAGACCAGCUGACCAGCUGCUUCAUUUAAAUAACUAUUCACGCGGAGAAAUAUAUAAAAACAAAAAAAGUAAUAACUAUUUAUUCAUCUUGAACCCCCACCGUGUGCACUCAACUAUGGAUUGCAACCCGCUAUCGCAGUUCAGCCUGCAGCUUUUCGAGUUCUUCGCCAAGCCGGUGAACGGGCAUGCGGCCGGCGGUGCAGUGCCUCCAUCGCGCUUGAGAAGAUGCGGCGAGCUCCUCCGCCAUAACAGCGAUGACCUGGCCGAGCAGGGCGACUUCAGCCUGGCGUCCAUCUCGCGCUACUGGUUGAACUUUGCCAGCAAGCAGGGAUGCGCACUGCGCCGCAACGCGGACUUCCUGCUGCCCGGCGAGGAGCAGCGCCAGGAGCUUAUCGAGCAGUCCAAGGAGUGGAUCUUUCCGGUCGCCGUGAUCAGCGUGCUGCGCAAGGAGCGCUAUGCCCUGCACUUCCAGCGCCGCCCGAUCAUCACCCAUGUCCUCAAAUCCGUACUCACCCUGGCCGGCGACUACGGGCGUCCGCUGAAGACGGUUCAAUCGCCCACCAUGUGGCUGCAACUGCGCAACGAUGGCCGAGCCACCACCGAUGGCCAACAGGAGCUGCGCGACUAUCGCCUGGAGCAGCUCUACAAGAUCAUGCUGCGCCUGGUCGACUACUCGGGCUGGCGUCUGGUGGAGCAGGAGGAUCGCCAGGAGAGCACGCUCUGUGUGAUCGUGGAGUCGCAAAAGUGCUGCCAGAGACCGCCCAACGAUCAUGUCUGCCUCGUCAGCGGCCCGGUUUUGGAGCCCGUGAAGAAGACCGCCACCGCAAUGAGUGUAAAAGACUACUUGGAGCUGCGCUCCACACACAUGCGUCUUAUGGCGAUGCACCGCAGUGGAAUCCGUCCGGCGGGCAUGGACAACAUCGAUUCGCUGAUGAAGCGCUUUGGGGAGGCGGCCGUGAUCGUUGAUCUCUUCGAGGUGCGCCACACCACCGCUGCCAUUGUGGUGCGCAAUGGGUUGGGCAGCUCCAAGGGCGCUUCGUACAUCCUGUACAAUUCGGCUCGACUGGAGACCCUGAUGCGCACCUUUGCUAGUAUGGUCAACGCUGGCGUCUACGAGCCACUGCCACCGCUGGGGGAGAUCGAUCUCAGCAUUCUGGAGGAUGAUAUGGACUGGCAAUUGAUCUACGGAUACCUUUUAGCUUUCCCGGAGCUUCUCGAGUCCGUGUUGGACAACUUGCAGCAGGGCCAGUGCAGUGUCCAUCUCCUGGUACGCUACCUCGAUAAUCUGGCCAGCGCAUUCAGUCGCUACUAUCGCCACAAGAAGGUGCUCGUCCAGAAGCGCGACCAACUGAUGCCGAUAGUGUACGCCAGGAUGUACCUCAUCAUGGCCGUGCGCCAGGUACUGAAUACCGCUCUGUCAUUGCUCGGCAUAGAGCCGGUCGAUUUUGUAUAGAGAUCUAUUGAAUAGACCCAAUGUACAAUCCACAAAAGAGGCUAAUUAUAAGCGUAACCUGACGAAUACCGAGUACUGUCUAAACAGUAGCCGGUAUAAUUGUGAUCUUUUUAAUAAUAAUAACAAUUUGAUAUUGAUGUAACAUUUGCAUAUGAUUUAAAUCUAUAUUUCUACCAACCACAACAGAUCUCAUCAUAAUCAUAAAUGCAGGUUUAUACUGGCUGCGAAAAUCCCACUUUGUUACAAAUCAAAUGUCAAAUUAAAGACUAUCGAAUUUAUUUUAAUAAUAAAAACAUAACUAAUACACUUUGACUGUAAAA